AUGGCUCAAUAUGUUCCAACAUUGGAGUUCUACUCCAACAAGUUGCCUCUGAUUUCCACAACUUAUGCGUCAUCUGAAUCAUUCUUCGCGAUUAAUGUGAAUCCUCUAUGCAAACCACAAGAUGUAACCGACACAUUCAUGCCCAAUAUCGCAUACUUCGAGUUCUUACGUUUAUACAGAUAUAAAGUGGACGAUAUUUUAGAAGUGAUCGGGUUUCACGACAAUACGCCUCAGUUUAGAUUCGCACGUAGGAAAAAUGUGGUUCUAAGCAUCCAAACAGAGGCAACAACGGAAGAAGAUCUCUUAAAGGCUGUGACUAAUGCGAAGCUCGUUCUCGAAUCUUCAGAUUUGACAUUGAUGGAGUUCACAAGUUAUGCUGAUAUCUCCACUGCUCCAGGUCACUACGUUCUUUAUUGGGAACUCAAAACCAAUAAAUUCAACAACAACAAUGCCACAACUAAACUCGAUGAGAAUGUAUUGGCGGAAUGUUGCUAUGUGGUGGAGGAAUCAUUGGACGCUCUUUAUAGAAAAGAGAGGACUAAAGAUGGAAAAAUUGGAGCUCUAGAGAUAAGAGUGGUGCAAAAUGGAACGUUCGAUGCGCUUAUGGAUUUUUUCGUCUCUCGAGGUGGUUCUGUAACCCAAUACAAGACACCCUUAGAGCAUGUACAUUAG